UGCAGAGGAACCAUGAUCAAAUUCAGCAUAGCCUACCAACUAUUGCUGUGGGUUGUAUCGCCCGCACCGGAACUCGAGGGCAUGACAGACGACGACCAUGAGGACGAGCCUCUGUUCAUUCCACUCCCCGGGACCACCAAACGGCACCCCCCGCAACCCUACCAUGGGCACGAUCCGGAGUGGCAGGAAUUCGUCAGAAUAUCCAAGGAUCUCGAGCUGCAGCGCAAGAUAAAACAUGACCUGGCUCGCAUCGUCGAGAAGUUAGUUGCGCGUAGCCCUGUGGUGCUCACGAGGGCUGGGAAAGACCCACGUUUGACUCGGUGCUGGAUGGAUAUUGAUUACCCACUCAGAGCGCCGCCUGUCUACGAACGGACUGGGUACGUCGUCAUCUUCCAUGUUGCCGUCUGAAAGUUUCAAUGUCGCUAACCCGAGCGACAGGAUACUGAUCACAGACGAUGCGAUCGCGUUGGCCACCAUGCCCUGCGACUCGUACACGGUGACACAGAUACAACGCUUCCUGUGGCCGAGGCCGAUGGCUUUGGGGUUUUGGGCCUUUGGUAAGGAGGCGGUUAAGCAAGCGGCCCACGACGUGGCAAGGUACUUUGGUUUUGGAUCCGAGGACUCCGAUGGCACGCAGGCGCGCCCAAACCCAACAGCACCUCCUCCGUUGCCCCCUUCGCCGAGCCCGGAGAUACAGAGAGCCCUCCAGCGGCUCCGUCAGGGCACCACCAGGCGACCGGAGCAGGUCGAUGACCCGGGCUCCAUUUCUUCGUCGCAGCGCGCGCAAUCCUCUGCGCCUGCUCCGACGUCCGAUAAGUCUAUCGGGCUACCAGAGAAACCGACGCUCGACCAGAGCAACCGGGGGCCGUCCAAACAGAAGGGAUUCACUGAAGAGUUGAUCGAAUCGUUUUCCUCUUCCGAACCGUGGAAACGGCUCAAGGAGACCUACCAGCGGGAACGGCGCCCGAUAAGGCCGGAUCCUCCUCGAGGAAGCAUCCUAGUCACGGGGAUCAUUGAGCUGCAAACGCAGAGAGCGGUCAUGUUUCUCGACGUAGCUUCGUGGUACAACCCCAAGACGAAGUCAUACGCUCUAGAGACGAUGACGGUAUCCGUGAGGAGGAUCCGACCGAAAUACGCGGUGGCACCCCUCCGGUAAGAUGUUGAGGUGAACAAGCGCUCUUCGAAUUCCGACCUCCCUUUUUCUUUCCACUUUCUUUCUCACGUACGGAGCGGGCGUCUGGCGUCACGGGUUUCUGGGAAUGAAGAUCGAUGCAUAAAGGCACAGAGACACAACAGGCAUAAUGAGCGCGGAUUGGCGUACAGGAAAGAUACGAUACCAUGGCGGCACAGGUCUCAGUCAGCGGGGUUUAGGAUGUGGUCCCUCCCAGCAUCACAAGA